UUGAGAGAGAGAGAGAGAGAGAGAGAGAGAGAUGAGAUUAGUGAAUUACAUGAGACAAUGGAGAAGCGUAGCGAAGGAGGCGUUGGAUCGUACCGCCAUCGUAGCCAAAUUCCUCUGCUUGCUUCACGUCACCAACAACUACCUCUGCUCCCCUACUCUCGUGUACGGUCCUAGUAUGCUCCCGACCUUGAAUCUUACCGGUGACGUGCUGUUAACCGAGCACCUGUCGCCCAGGCUUGGGAAGGUCGGCUCCGGAGAUGUCGUGCUGGUUCGCUCUCCUGUGGACCCCAGAAAGACGCUCACCAAGCGGGUUGUGGGCAUGGAGGGUGAUAGGGUCACCUUCUUUGUGGAUCCCCUGCACACUGACAGGUGUCAAUCCGCUGUGGUCCCAAAGGGGCACGUUUGGAUUCAGGGUGAUAACAUGUAUGCCUCAAGUGAUUCACGCCAUUUUGGGCCUGUUCCUUAUGGUCUUAUUCAAGGAAAAGUGUUUUUCCGGGUAUGGCCACCCAAUGGCUUUGGAUUAUUGGAGCAAUGAGAAUGAUGAAGAUUAUACAUGAAGAUCAAUGCCAGGUCAACAAACUUUGCAACGUCAAUCAAUGACAUGUCAUCCACCCCUUAAAACAAAGGCCGCCUACAAUGAAUGAAAGAAAAAGUACAAACCCUUUUAGAGCUCAAAUGGUCAAAAUUCAUGUUAUAGAGAUGAAGGGAGAUGGAUCAAAUUGCGUCUUAAAAUUAGACCUUCAAUUAUUCUAGCAUUGAAUUGUUUUGACAUUUGGUAGGCGGUAAUUUUUAUUUCAUUGGUUAAGCGAAUCGACUUAAGGGUUCGUUUGAUAGAC